ACUGCCGGGACCUUAGGCCUAGGUUAGGCCUAAGUUGUCACCGAUUUUGCCGGGGCAGACCCGUGUCGUGAAACGGGCCGGCGAGGUGCCGUUAUGCGAGCGUGUCGGGGUCCGGACCCGGCAAAACCUUGGGCGACCGCGCCUACGUUAGGGCUUUCGUCCGCGAUACGGCGGCGUGGCCGAAAGUGUGCGAAGUCGGACGUCGCGGUUCUUUUUUUUUUUUUUUUUUUUUUUUUUGCGGUCGGCUUUCUUUUUUUUUCUUCCCACUGGCGGCGGCCGCCGCCGCUUCGUUGGAAGGGAGUAAAAAAAGUAAAAUAGCGGUAGUAGUGUUGGGCGCAGCACCCAGCUGUGUCCGGCAUCGUCAGUGAAAAAAAGUCAACAGAACCGCUCUGAGCACAGUGCGAAUAAAGCGUGAAAUAUUCGUCGUUCGCAGACUGUUGCUCAAUAGAAGGCGAGGGACCGCCAAAGCGAAAACGGGUGUAGCGGCCGAAUGCGUGGUCUCGUGCUCGAGUUUGCAGUAGGCGGCCGCACGCGGACAAUCGGCCACGGACCCGAGCUUUGCGAAGCCGCGGUGUGAAAGAGAAAAAAGAACAAUGCGAGCAAGCACCGUGGCGCUUUCGCGGAGCCCACGCCCUGUGUUAGCCAGCCACCGGUCGGGACCGUGAAGCGAGACGAAGUCGAGGAAAAUUUUUGCGAGGAGGAGCGAGCCGUUGUUUCUCGCUGUCGCUUCGAUGAACGGACCGGUGCCUUGACAGUCAAUCGGGCGAUGACGGGAGCAGCCGAACACGACCACGUGGCAGUCCAGCAGCAACCGCCUCCCCCGCAGCCACAGCCGCAGCCGCCCCCCGUAGCAGCGGCUCCACAGCCGCCCCCGGCGCCCGUGGCUGCGCCCGACGGUCAGCAGCAGCAGCAGCAGCAGCACGCCUUCAACGCCGUGACCAACUUGGCACAGGCCGGAGCAGACGACGACCCCAUGGGUGGGGGCGGAGGUGGGGGGGGUGGGACACGACCGACGGAGCCCGCGGAGGAGCCUAUGGAGGAGGAAGAUGAGGCUCGAUCGGAGGCUACAUUUCGCUUCGUUGUCCCAGAGUUCUCUCGCCUCAAGGAGUCUCUGCUCAGCCCACCAACCUAUGUGCGCAACUUGCCGUGGAAAAUCAUGGUGAUGCCACGAACCAACACCGGCAAUGACCGGCAGCCAACGAAGAGCCUCGGCUUCUUCCUACAGUGCAACGGCGAGUCCGAGUCCUCAACGUGGUCCUGCAAUGCCACUGCCGAGCUGCGUCUAAUUAGUCAGAAGGAGGGCGUCGAAAACUUUGUCAGAAAAAUUCAGCAUCUCUUCUAUGGCAAGGAGAACGACUGGGGCUUCAGCCACUUCAUGACGUGGAAUGACGUCUUGGAUCCAGAGAAGGGGUUUAUCGUGGACGACACCAUCAUCCUCGAAGUUUGGGUGUGCGCCGAUGCUCCACAUGGUGUCAGCUGGGACUCCAAGAAACACACCGGAUACGUAGGCCUCAAAAACCAAGGCGCCACCUGCUACAUGAAUUCGUUACUACAGACGCUGUUCUUCACGAACCAGUUACGAAAGGCUGUCUACCAGAUGCCCACCGAGAGCGAUGACUCGUCCAAGAGUGUGGCACUGGCGUUGCAGCGGGUGUUCUACGAGCUACAGUUCUCCGACCGACCUGUUGGCACCAAGAAGCUCACCAAGUCCUUUGGGUGGGAAACCUUGGACUCGUUUAUGCAGCACGAUGUUCAAGAACUCUGCCGAGUGCUGCUGGAUAACAUGGAGAGCAAAAUGAAAGGCACCUGCGUGGAAGGCACGAUCCCACGGCUCUUCGAGGGCAAGAUGAUCUCGUUCAUCAAGUGCAAGCACGUGGACUAUGCGUCGCGACGCAUGGAGCCCUUCUACGACAUCCAGCUCAACGUCAAGGGCAAGAAGAACAUCCACGAAAGCUUCCAGGACUACUGUGCCACCGAGUCGCUCGACGGCGACAACAAGUACGACGCCGGCGAGUACGGGCUUCAGGAGGCCGAGAAGGGCAUCAUCUUCGCCUGCCUGCCGCCCGUGGUGCACCUGCACCUACUGCGCUUCCAGUACGACCACGUGACGGACAACAACAUCAAGAUCAACGACCGGUUCGAGUUCCCCGAGCGGCUCAACCUGAGCGAGUUCCUCACCGAGGGGGGCGCCAACUCGAGCGGUCCGGCCACGUACACGCUACACGCCGUGCUGGUCCACAGCGGGGACAACCAUGGGGGCCACUACGUGGUGUUCAUCAACCCGCGCGGCGACGGCCGCUGGUGCAAGUUCGACGACGACGUGGUGUCGCGCUGCACCAAGCAGGAGGCCAUCGAUCACAACUUUGGCGGCACCGACGAGGACGUGGCCGUGAGCCGGCACUGCACCAAUGCCUACAUGUUGGUGUACAUCCGGGACAGUGCCAUCAAUGAGGUGCUACAACCAGUCACUGAAAACGACAUCCCCGAACAGUUGGUCGAAAGGCUUCAGGAGGAGAAGCGCCAGGAGGCCCUGAGGAGAAAGGAACGGAACGAGGCACACCUCUACAUGGGCGUCCAAGUGCUCACCGAGGACAACUUCUCCGGCCACCAGGGCAACGACCUCUACGACCCCGAGAAGGCCCACUACCGGAACUUCAAGGUAAAAAAGCUGGCGACGCUGCGAGAGUUGCUGGAGUUGGUAGCGGAACAGAUGGGCUACCCGUUGCAAGGCAUUCGGCCGUGGGCCAUCACGUACCGCUCCAACCAGACCUCUCGCCCGGCUGCCAUCGACCUUGAUGCAGACCUCAACAAGACGGUUAUUGAUCUAUCGGAAAAUUUGAACCCAUGGACGAUCUUCAUGGAAACGAUAGCCCCCGAUCAGAACAUGGACCGGCUGCCGGACUUUGACAAGGAGACAGACGUACUGCUCUUUUUCAAAAUGUACGAUCCGCGGCUGAAACAGAUUGCGUACUGCGGCCACAUCUACAUGCCCAUCGUCGCCAAGGCCAAGGAGCUGGUGCCAUUGCUAAACAAGCGAGCAGGCUUCCCAGCUGACACGGAAUUGGUGCUGUAUGAGGAGGUGAAGCCGAACAUAGUGGACCGAAUCGAGGACCUGGAGCUUCCACUGGAAAAGGUUCUGGAGGAACUGAUGGAUGGUGACAUCAUUGUCUUCCAGAAGCUUGACCUCAACGUGGACGAGUACGAGCUGCCCACAGUCAAAGACUACUUCAGGGACCUCUUCUAUAGGGUUGAAGUGACGUUCUGUGAUAAAAUGAUCCCUAAUGACCCGGGAUUCACAAUGGAGCUCUCACUCAAGAUGAACUACGACCAGAUUGCGCGGGCCGUGGCUCAGCGGUUAGGCACAGACCCUUAUUUAUUACAAUUUUUCAAAGUUCAGAGUUACCGCGAAGGUCCCGGUAACCCGUUGAGGUGUACAUACGAAGGAACGCUCAAGGACCUGUUAGUGUUCUUCAAGCCAAGGCAACCCAAGAAAAUCUAUUACCAACAGUUGAGCAUACGAAUAAACGAACUGGAGAGCAAAAAGCAGUUCAAGUGCAUUUGGGUCAACAACAAGUUCAAGGAAGAGAAGGAGUUGGUCCUAUACCCGAACAAGAACGGCUGUGUGAGCGAUCUCCUUGAAGAGGCACGCAAGCAAGUGGAACUCUCCGAGGAUGGUUCAGGGAAGCUCAGGCUGAUGGAGGUGAUCAGCUACAAGAUCUUCUCGAUCCAGAGGGAGGACGUGCCGCUGGACAACCUGAACCAGGCAAACUCCAAAACGUACCGCAUCGAGGAGAUCCCCCGGGAGGACCUCAUUGUGGCCGACAACGAGAUCCUCAUCCCGUGCGCCCACUUCCAGAAGGUUCAGCGGAGUCGCGACUAUCAAACCGAUUCGCCCGACGACAUUAUUACUUGUAAACAAGAGAUCUUCUCGACGUUUGGCGUUCCCUUCAUGCUGAAGAUUAAGCAUGGAGAACCCUUCGCAAAAGUCAAGGACAGGAUCCAGAAGAAGCUGGAUGUUCCUGAGAAAGAGUUCGAAAAGUACAAGUUCGCCAUCGUAGUGAUGGGCCGGGCACAGUUCAUCGAAGACAACGAGUACGUAGUCAACCUGUCAGACUUCAUGGCCCAGGCGCCCCAAGCAACAGCAAUGCACCCGCGGCCGUGGCUGGGCAUUGAGCACGUCAACAAGGCACCGAAGCGGUCUCGCUACAACUACCUCGAGAAGGCCAUCAAGAUCCACAACUGACCGGCACGGGCCUCCAUCUCAACCAGGAGUUGCAGCGGAGACGCCAGGUGCGCUUGAGGAUGACACUUGCACGCCGCCACCACCACCAUCACGGCCAGGCUGUUGUUGUCCCCCGGCUUCUGGCAAAAUGACGAAACGACGACGACGACGGCAGCAGCGGUGGUGGCAUCGGCAGAAGCAGCGAGCGGUGGCGACGGCGCACGCCACCGCCGCCGCCACUGAAAAAAAAAGACACGCUUUCCGGCGGUGGGGGCGGCGGCCCUGCCGUCGUCCUCCUCUUCCCUUGCCGUCUUUCGCAUCCUCUCUCCCCCUCCGGCACGACGGCUUCUCCUUUCCCAAAACCGUGGUGUGACAGAAAGACAGUGCUACAUCUCGGCGUGCGUGUGUGUGUGCUAGCAAGUACUGUGCAGUGAGAGCUGGGGGGACGUUUUGUGACUGCAUUGCCGAGUUUCUUUUUUUUUUUUUUUUUGUCCUUGUUUCACACGCUGCUCACGGCCAUGCUUUGCAUAUUUCCUCCGCUUUCCCCCUCCCCUUCCCUUACUCUGUGCCCUCUGUCUUCAAUGUGUUGCUUUUCUUUCCCCCCUUUCCUUGUCCUGCCUCAAAUAAUCCUGACACACGUCUUCUGGAAGCUCUGUCUCUGCUGUCAUGUGUCUGAUUUCCGGUUUUGUUUUUCGCCAGACCUGUAAAAAAUCCAUGCUACAUUUACUCAUCUUUCUUAAACAGCAGCUUACCUUUACUUGCAAGCCGAUCACACCCCGCCUUGUUUGAGAACCUUUUUUUAUUUACGGAUGGUUUGAGAAACGCAUAGAUUGGGCAGCCCUAGCUCCGGUCACUCCCUUUUAUUUCGCAGGUACUCCCAAGAAUUGCCGUGUUCUGCCCGGCUGAAUGAAUUUUUUGUGGCGUUUCAUUCCCAGGUUGUCAGGUCACCUUAACCCCCCACCUUUUGGUAUCUGCUUUCUCGGAUAACUGUAUCUUUCAGUGCCUGUUUUUCGGUGCCUCUGCUUGAGGAAAAUUUGUCUCUUGGCUUUUAGGCCUAGAUAAUGCUAGUCUGUUUUUUUUUUUAUUGCAGCCUUUCCAAAGUCUGAAAACCGUUAGCUUUAUAAAGGUAACCGCCAUGUGAACUGUACACUGGCUGAUGAAGAAAUUCCUUCCCUGUUCUUUAUCUAUCUUUACCUGUCCAUUAUUUUUCUUCAGUGCAUUGUUAACUAUCUUGCUAGUGUGCUUGUUUUUCUUCUUUUUUUCCCUCAUAUGCACUCUAUCUACUAGGGAAUGCCUGGAAGUAGUGUUGCUAUGUUCUGCUUCAGAGUUCUAGCCUGCCAUUAAACAUGCUAGCUGACAGUAUACUGGUGCACCAGGGAAAUCUAUGGCGGUAGCUAGACUGUUAGCGCCCUCUUGUGAUCAACUAUUCAACUACAAUGCCUUGAAACAUUGUGUUGCGUAAUUGUUCCAGAAAGGGAAAGGGAAGAGCACCAAUGAAAUCACUUCAACGAUUGUUGCGGCAAUGCCCUUGCACCAGUAGAUUGGAGACGGUCAUAGCAAUUGCACUUCUGUGUGCUCUAGUUGAUCUCUGCACCACAAGACUGCGCCAGCAGUGAUGCUGCACGUCUGCCUCUGCCCGGUGUUCUGGUACUGCCUGAAGUGCAGUGUGUUUACUGACAGCCUGAAACUCUGAAAUGUUUUCUUAUCUUUGUGAUGAUUUCUGUAAGCUUAAUUGUGUGAAGCAAUUUUUUUAAAGAUUUGCGCACCUUGUUACAUCCAUUUUAUUGUUGCAGAAAGUUCAUUGUCCUGUUGAAUUCUACAACCUAUUUGUGCAAAGUAAUGCGGAAGCUUGUGCACCCUUGUUACGUACCCGCUUAGACAUUUUACACCCUUUAAGGUGUAAUUUACUCUAAUUCUGAUUACUUUUGUGUGCAGUUUUAGCACUUGGCGCCUUUUGCUGUGGUACUAUGCGACUUGUGUGCCGUUCUCAUCGGGAGAAUACCAGGGUUCAGCGUUCGAGGAAAGAGAUGUACUAAAAGAUGUCCGUCAAUGUGGUAAUUACACUGUAUAGACGGUGUAGUUCAACUUCAGCAACUAGUGUGAAAUGGUGUGAAAUGCCACUCUGAAACAGUUUACACUUUGGGGUGUAUUUUAGUCCCACAACAAGGAUCACCUGUUUUGCCUUCUUUUCUUUCCUCGAAAACUCUGCGCUUGCUGCUUUCCUGCUAAGAAUGGUUUUCACGCUGAUAAUGCGCAUCCUUUUUGGUGACCUGGAAGUACCGGGUGCGCAGUAAAGAACAUCUAUCCAAGUUAGAUGAUUAUUGUUAUGGGACAGAUAUGCCCUAAAGGGUAAAUUGAUUUUAGAAUACUCUCGUGCCAUUCCCAACUGCAGUGUAACGAGGCUCGAUGUCGAAAAAGGGAAAUGCGCUUCAAGAUGAUGUCCACCAUUCUGCGGACACACCACAGAGGGUGAAGUUUAACUCCAGUUACUAUUUUCGCUCAGUGGGGUGUAGUCACAUCGAGGAGGGCGUGAAAUGCUUAAGUUUGCAUCUUUCAUUGCGAGCAUUUUUGGCGACGAGUGGGUCAGCUCGGCACAAGCAAUUGAUUCUUUGAACGGAGCUGAGAAAGGCGGGUGAUGUACUUAGAAGCAUUGCGGGUGUGUUCUGCGAGAGUACAGGACAAGCACUGAUAAAGAACUUGGUCGCUGCGCAGUCUAUCUUGUUCUUUUCUUUUUCCGUAUUUAGUCAGCGUUUUUUGGCAACCUGUCUCCCAGUGCUUUGAUUGUGUGGAUUCGUUUGAGCGCUAUUUAUUCCCCACCGCAGCGAGAUGUGGAGCUUGCAAUGCUGCACUACUUCUGCCACAUUGGAAGUGAACACUGCCUCACGUACACCCUAAAAACAGUUUACACCCUUUGGGGUGUAUCUUUGUCCCACAACAAUAAUCAUCCAGCGUUCGCUUCCCAAAAGCCACCUCGAGUGCCCUGUGCUUCCAGGCCAUGUACGGCAUGCGCAUUAUCAACGUGACUUAGUAUUCUUCGCAGGAAAGUAGUGAGCGCAGUGUUUUCAAGAAAAGAAGCGGAAGCAAGACGGAUGGCAAUUGUGGGACAAAGGUGCACCCAAAAGGGUGUAAACAUCUUAGUGUACACUGUUGAAUGUUUUUUUACCCUGUUCGGGGUAUAUAUCAUUGAUACUUUACCACUUUGCACCCGCUGCUUUCUUGUCGGGAACACAGUGUGUGAGGGUGCAAGUUGCAUUUCUGACAGGAAUGUGCCAGGUUCACAGUGUUAACAAGAUGAAGUAAAUGCAUCUCGGAUGUUUAUUGUUGCUUUAGUGAUGUGGCGAAAGUGAAGAGGCAAACCAAAAUGGAGGCCUCCUUUUCAUGGUUCUUGAGAUUUUUCUAAAAACAAAACACAAGCAGAAAAACAUGAUCAUGUGUUUGCGUGUGUUCUAAUUAUUCUCUCCGCCGGAAACUUACUGUUACUUUUUUUUCUUUGUUAUGCUUUUGCAGUAGGAAAAUGAGCUGGCAGUGGUUUUGUACAUCUUAGGUUUUUCUACAAGAAGAGUGACGUUUGAGGCCUUUGUGUUGGUUUCAGCACAUUGGUAAAGGAGUGUCGUGAACGUACGAGCCCUCUCUCUGCAGGCGGGUGCAGGCAAAAAUAAAACAAACCUGCCUUUUUUUUUUUUUUGGUUGCACUUUAUGCCAUCAGUUUUGAAACUGGAUGGUACGGUUGCGCUUUAGCAUCAGUCCCUCCGUUGUCAUAAAGUUGGGUAAUUUGUAACUUGUAGAGAUGUGUAAAGAGGACAGGUGUUUUAACUGCCCUGCGGUACGCAGCCACAGUUCUUUUUGGACCUACUCCGCAAUAAGCUGUUUUUUGUACGUACUUCACAUUUGAGAGAUCCUUUUUGUUGGCGGGAGUAAACCGUGCGGCUUACAUUGAUCAACGCUAGCCCUUGUGCGUGUCACUUGUGCAACUGUUCUUUUUGCGGUUUUAGUGUAGGCAUGUGCAGUACACAGCAGUGAACUAUUUUUGUGCAUAGGGUCCCCCCCCCCUCUGAGUCGGUGAAAAAAUGCUAAUACUUGUUCGUAGGAGCGUGUCAGCUGGCACAAUAAGAAUUUACGAGGGGAUUUAACUCGGUGAUGUUGCCAUCUCUUUCCCAUUUGGUUCAUUGAUUUCUUGGGCACAGUCUCGCAAACCCGCACCUUGCGGUGACUGAAGUGGCAUGUUUUGUACGAGUGGGUCACUUAAAAACGGUGUGCGGAACACUGCAUGAGUAAGGGAAAGAGAAACUUUAAUGAAUAAAACAAAAUUUCAGGUUCCAUGGUUGGGGCUCCUAUAGUCCAGGGCUCCACGUUGUGUAAAUGGCUCUAUGAACGGCUAGAUCGUUGGCACUCGGAUUCUGCGCGGAGGUGGCGCUUUGUAGUUAAGUACCAUGUGGGGGGCAGUGUUUGCCCAUCCUGCUCAGAAAACAAUUGUGUGUCAUCUGCAGCCGAUUGGAAAAGGCAAUUUUCACAGUGAAAGGAACUGCUGCACUCUUUCCCAGAAGGGUGACAAUGCCUGCUGGGGGGCAGGUGGCACCACUGUCUCUUUUACUAAUAUCUACACCUUCUUGUCUGGCAUAGCCACAAAACACUGGUUAUUCUGACAGGGAAGCGCCAAAUUCAUGAUGCACCUCGAAAUGUUUCCUGCGCUUAGAAAUUGAGGAUGAAUGAGUCUGCUGUUGAACUAGAAGAGUCAAUUGUACCUUGAUCCCGUAUCGAUGCAACAUCUGGUACACAUCUACCUGUUGCUGCGACGCAUUCUGGCUCCAUGUAGCAGGUGGUCAGCAGCAUAAAUUUGCCUUUUUAUCCCGUUUUUAUGUUGAGGUUAUUUUUUUUUUCCGUCCUUUUGUUGUUUGCAACGAGGGUUAGUCUGUCGGAAGAGGACUGGUGGUGGGAGGGGAAUAGCCAACUGCAAGGCCAUAGCGUCUUUUUUUUUUUUUUUUUGUCGAGUCAAGCCGCCAGUGUCAUUCUGCGUUGCCACUUAGUUUACUUCUUUUUUUUUUGUUCUUCCUACUUUUGUCGCUGUCGUCUUGCGAGGGAAGAUGCGAUACUAGAGUCGGAUGCAAGGGAGGGGGAGGGCUGAGAAUUCUCAGCUGUUCUCUAGAGUCUUUUUUUUUUAUUAUAUGCAUGUACAGAUAAAAAACAAGCAAGCGCGAUAACGACGUGCUUGCGCGCCAAUGUGAGAAGAGUGUGUGCGAAACGACAUGUCUGUGUGUGUGCGUGUGAGUAGCAAUUUUUUCGGCUUGUCGCGUGCGCCCGUUUGUGAAGUGGCGCCCCCCAGUGGACGUUGAGGAACCUUAACGGGCAGUAAUAUUUAGUGAAUGUUGUGGAACUUUUUUUUUUUUUUUUGAAAAUAAAACUUGGAAGGACAAAACGAAA